GAUUCGCCCUGGUGGCGGUCUGCAGCGGAAAUGAUUUUAGUUGAUAGUGAAGCUGUAAUCUAUUUGGGAACUCAUCGAAAUGCAACUACUUCGAAUCAGCAUCCAUGUGUUCUUUUUGAUGCUCGGAGAUUCCUAUAGUGCCCAUCCAAAUCCCAGACGCAAUGAGAUCAUCUGGGAUGAUGUGAAUAAGGAUAUGGGUCUGGAUUUUACCACAUCGAUGGUUGGGUUUAAUAGUAAUGAAACGGGAACCGAGUUGAAGAUGUUCGAGAGAAACAGGGAAGCCAAGACCCAUCCGCUUCCUAAGUACACUGAAGUGGGGGAAAUGGGCCAGAUGCGUGUCUACAAUGUUGGGGUACUUAUGGCAUCUCAUUUGGAUUCCCCGUUUGAUCUGGAGCGUUGUGGACCGGCCGUAGAUUUGGCAUUGGAUCAGAUCAACAAGGUUUUUCUGAGGCCCCACAACAUUACGCUUUUGAAAAAGAAGGGAAGUUACCCAUCCUGCUCGGGAGCUCGGGCACCAGGACUUGCGGCCGACAUGCACUUCCAGGACGACGUAAUCGCCUUCAUUGGACCAGCCUGCGCCUUUGCCCUUGAGCCGGUUGCACGUUUGGCCGCCUAUUGGAACACUCCCAUCAUCACCGGCAUGGGGGAUCAGCCUCCUUCCUCGGAAGGUGAGCUCACGGUGACUUCUGGAAUCCUGGGAAGGAUACACAAGUGGAAGAACGAGAACACGGGCAUGUUCAAGGACAAGUCGAAGUAUCCAACUCUGACCAGGAUGUCCUACUGCCAGUGCAGACUCAUCCUGGUCUUCGCAAGUGUCUUUCGGCAGUUCAACUGGAAGCACGUGGCCUUGUUGGUGGACAGAUCGGAACUCUUCUCGUGGACAGUGGGCAAGAACCUUGAGUAUGGACUGCGGCAGGAGGGACUUCUGAGCUUUGUGAGGGAGCUCAACGGCAACGAGGAGGAGAUCUACGAGAAUUAUCUGAAGGAUGCCAGCAUGUAUGCAAGAGUUGUCAUCCUUUCGGUUCGCGGAGUUCUGGUGCGAAAGUUCAUGCUGGCGGCUCACAGUCUUGGCAUGACCAAUGGCGAAUGGGUCUUCCUGGACGUGGAGAUCUUCCAGAGUGACUAUUGGGGCGACAAAGGCUGGGAGAUGAAGGACGAGCACGACGCCAAGGCCCGAAAGGCAUAUGAAGCUCUUUUGAGGGUCAGUCUCUUGCAGCCAACAAGUCCCAAGUUCCAGGACUUUGCAGACAAUGUUCGGGAAAACGCAUUAUACGAUUAUAACUACACGUUUGGAGAAGGCGAGGAGGUGAACUUCUUCAUUGGAGCGUUCUACGAUGGAGUUUAUUUGCUGGGAAUGGCCUUGAAUGAAACCCUCACUGAAGGAGGAGACAUCCGAGAUGGAGUUAACAUCACUAGGAGGAUGUGGAACCGCACUUUUGAGGGAAUCACUGGGCACGUGAGAAUCGAUGAUAAUGGUGAUCGGGAUGCGGAUUAUUCCAUUCUCGAUUUGGAUCCAAUCAACGGAAAGUUUUCGGUUGUGGCCCACUACUCCGGUGUUCACAAGGAAUAUGCAGCUGUUCAUGGAAAGAAGAUUCAUUGGCCAGGUGGACGCGAGGAACCGCCGCCGGAUGUUCCACCCUGUGGUUUCCUGGGAAAUUCAACGGAUUGCAUUGGAAACUUGUCCACCAUUAUGUACUCCAUAUUUGGCUUGGCUUUGUUCUUUGGACUUGUGUUUCUGGUUAUUUGCCUUCUUCAAAAGCAGAUGAAACUUAGCAAGGAGCUGAACAACAUGUCCUGGCGAGUUCGUCCCGAUGACGUCCUUAUCGAAAUGGGAGGCAUGUUUGGUUCGAAGGGAGGACUCCAGCGCUUGGACGUUGAGAACAUCUCGCUGCAGCAGUUCGGAAUCCAUUCCGGUCGCGCCUCCAUCGCCAGCUUCACCUCAUUGCCUCCUCAGGUUUACACUACCAUUGGACAGUUCAAGGGCGAACGGGUGGCCAUAAAGAAGGUGAACGUGAAGAAGGUGGACCUGACCCCGCAACUUCUUUGGGAGAUCAAGCAGGCGCGGGAUGUGAGCCACGAGAACACGGUGCGAUUCGUGGGAGCCUGCAUCGAUUUGCCACGACCCACGGUUCUCAUUCUAACCGAAUAUUGCUCGAGGGGCAGCUUGAAGGAUGUCCUGGAGAACGAGGCCAUCGAGCUCGACUGGAACUUCCGCAUGUCCCUCAUUCACGACAUUGUUAAGGGCAUGAACUAUCUGCACAAUAGUGAUGUGGCAGCCCAUGGAAAACUGAGGUCUUGCAACUGCCUCAUUGAUGGAAGAUUUGUGCUCAAGAUUUCCGAUUUCGGACUAAGAACGCUGACCACGCCCUCUGAUUUUGUGAGGGAUCAAAACUACUAUCUUAAGCUCCUUUGGAUUGCUCCGGAACUAUUGCCACUAACAUCGAUUCCUGGCUGCUGUCCAGCUACUCAGCGCGGGGAUGUCUACUCCUUUGGCAUAAUUCUGGAGGAGAUUGUGAAUCGAGGUGGACCUUACCAGGAGGCCCGUCAGCAGAUGGACGUCCAUACGAUUCUGCACAAGGUGCGUCAGUGCAAUGGGUUCCGGCCAUUAAUUCGGGAACGUGAAUGUCCACCGGAUCUACUGGAACUGAUGGAAAAAUGCUGGGCGGACAACCAAGAAGAAAGGCCCACAUUCUCAACGAUUCGCAGCAAUAUUCGCACCAUAAUGAAGGGUUUCUGUGAGAAUCUAAUGGACGACUUACUGAACCGCAUGGAGCAGUAUGCCAAUAAUUUGGAGAGUCUUGUUGAGGAGAAAACCCGCCAGUUGAGUUUGGAAAAACAGCGCACCGAGGAGCUUCUCUACCAGAUCCUUCCACGUCCUGUGGCCCAGCAAUUGAUGGCCGGGGACCUCGUGGAACCGGAGGAAUUUAGCAGCGUGACCAUUUACUUCAGUGACAUCGUUGGCUUCACGGAACUCUGUGCCCGCAGUAGUCCCAUGGAUGUGGUGAAUUUCUUGAACGAUCUGUACAGCACCUUCGACAGGAUAAUUGGAUUCUACGAUGUUUACAAAGUGGAGACAAUUGGCGAUGCUUAUUUAGUUGUCUCCGGAUUACCAGAACCCAAUGGCGAUAAACAUGCUCGCGAAAUUGCUCUGAUGGCUCUGGAUAUUUUGCAGGCCGUUAGCUCCUUUAAUCUUCGCCAUAAACCGGAGUACAAAAUCCAAAUCCGCAUUGGCAUGCAUUCGGGAUCAGUUUGUGCUGGGGUGGUGGGCAAAAAGAUGCCACAUUACUGUCUUUUUGGAGAUACUGUCAACACGGCUUCGAGAAUGGAAAGCUCUGGCCAACCCGGCAAGAUACACGUUUCCUCGGCCACAAAGGCUAUUCUGGACAAGUUUGGUACCUUUCAAAUGGAACAUCGUGGAGAUGUCGAGCUGAAGGGCAAGGGAACAGUCACCACAUUUUGGCUAAAUAGCACCACCGAGGGCGAGGCACGACCACCCACUCCGCCGAUUCUAACCACCGAUGAGGUGCCCUUUCCACUUCUAUUCGCCGGUAUGGGAAAGUAGUCCCUCGGAUCCAAUCAGUUGGAUAUUAAAUUUGAUCUCUUACGAAUCAGUAUUGUACAGGAAAGUCUAAGAAAACUUUCCACUGAAUGUUACCUGAAAACAAUAAAGGCUUUACAUGCUUUACCAUUAAAUUGGGAUCAAAA